AUGAUGUUUGGAUCGUCGAAAGAAGGACCUAUUCUCACUGGUGAGGACUGCAAGUCGGCAUUUAACCUCUUCUGCUGCAUCUACGGCAUCGGGACGCUUGGCAUGCCCGGCAACUUUGCUCGCGCCGGACCAACGAUCGCUGUUAUUGCCAUGGCGUUCAUGGCGUUUGCCAACAUUUACUCGUCCAUUACGAUGUCCAAGGUCAUUUUGCUCGCCCCAAAGUCCGUCAAGACUUUUGGCGACCUUGGUCAGUGGAGUAUGGGCGCUACCGGUCGCUGGCUGUGCAUUAUCUCACAAAUGGGCUCUUGUCUGCUCAUCCCGUGCGUUUUUCUCGUGCUUGGCGGCCAAUUGCUUGACGGGCUUUUCGUAGACGCGUUCAGUCAGACGACAUGGACCAUUUUUAUGGCUCUCAUGGUUCUACCAGUAUGUCUCGUGCCAACGCUGAAGGAGGGCUCAGCUGCCGCCUUUGCUGGCUGUUUGGGCACGAUUGUUGCUGACAUUAUUGGUGUGGCAGUCGUGAUGCACGGGAUGCGAGGACACCCUAGUGUACCGUCCCCGGGGCUCAAAUUCUCCCAAGUCGUGGGCGUCUUCGGCAACCUCACGCUUGCUUACGGUGCUGGGAUCGUCAUUCCAGACUUGCAGCGUCAACACAGCGAUCCUGCUCGCAUGCCUCGAGUUGUGGGUGUGACAGUUGGAUUUGUGUCAAUCUUGUUUCUAGUGCUCUCGAGUACGGCGUACUCAGCUGUGGGGUGCCAGAUCUCGGGCAACCUGCUCUUCACAAUCUACCCGGACAGUAAGACCGGCCUGACGUCGCUCGGAUUCGCACCGAACUGGGGCACCGUCGUGCUCGCCUACCUGUUCAUGCAACUUCACGUGACAAUCGCGUUUUCUGUCAUUUUGAACCCAGCCUUCUACAUCUGCGAGCGGUUGUUCUUGGGCAUGCACAAGAGUGGACUGGAGGACAUCGACAAUGGAUAUGAUUUCGAGGAGAGCGGAACCCCCCUUGAUAUGCAGUUGGCUAAUGCUGACGUCUUGGAACGUCAUUCAUUGGCGCAACCGAUCCAUUCGAAGAUGUCUUACGUGUCCGUAGCCGACUCGGAACGUGUGCAUAAGGACAACGAGGAGGAGGAAGCUGCUGAGUACACCGGCUCCAAUGUCGUCAAGUACGUUGUAAUGCGGAUGGUGAUCGUCGCUAUUCUCGUAGGUCUCGCCAUUAUCUUCAAGGACCAUUUCUCCGAGUUUGCCGACUUUGUAGGUGCUUCGUGCAUCACGACGAACUGCAUCCUACUUCCAAUCAUCUUUUACCUCAUCAAGGCUUGGGACCGCGUCCCAGUGUACGAGAAGGUAGCUGCAAUUAUCGUUCUGGUGGUUUGUUUUACCCUCGGGUGCUACGUCACGUACACGACCGGCAAGGCUCUUUUCUCUGAUUCGCACGAUGACGUCGAGUUCCCAUACUGCGACGGCGAGUUUGAAACCCGAAUCUACUACAACUAUACGGCCGAGCACACGGCUUAG